AUGGCUCAAAAGCAACAUAUGGGAUAUGCUAUGGCUCUAUGUAGAGGCUCUGUGUCUCAUCUUAACCAUACUCUUAUGGGCUAUCGCCUGUUACAGCGAUCCAGGUCGGGGGCAUUCGAUAUCACUAGGCAAAAUAUCGAAUCUGGUUGGCUUGCUGAGUAUCCAUUGCGGUCACAGGCCGAUACUUGCCGAGAACUCUCUGAGGAGCAGAGUGAAUCAACUUCAUGCAUCCAAGAGGACUUUCAGGAGACGUUCAUUACCGCUGCCGCGAAAUGCAAGGCAGAAGAAUCUCGGGGUUUUCUGGAGCUGACACAAUGGCCCAUAUACCAUGAAGUGCACACUAGAUCAAUGAACGGCUCUGAUGCCCAGCCUGGCUCUUUCAACAGUCCGCGUGACGAGGAUCCAGAUGCUGCCGCUGGUCUCCCGGAGCGACUGAUCAAUUCACAACUGACUGACUCGCGUACGGCUGUCGUAUCGGAGGUCUAUUAUCGCUCUCUGUGUGAGGGCAAAUUCAAACAGGUGUUAUCAGUAGGAUUGACAAUCGCAUACUAUCUAGUAUUCCGUUUUAUAUCCACCGUCAUCUUACGCGCUCGCUCCAGCUCAGAGCUUGAAAUUGACCUUAUCACCAUUGCUGUGGUAUUCUUCGCUGCCGUCAACUUCCUGUCAGCUGGGUUUGUUGCAACUCUCUUCAUUAGACAGACUUGCUUUAUGCUUUUAAAUUUGACGACUGCUGAGGUCAUGACUAGGCCGGCGCAUGUUCGAAGAAGAUUCCCUGCUGAUAAGUGGCGAUACUGGUGA